UCGCGUGCUGUACUGUAUAUUUUUCGUUUUUUGAAUCACACUGUGCGAUGGAUCUAUCGUUUACCGUACUGAUGCACAUAUUCCCGGCAAAACUUAUCUUUCUGGCGUUUUUCGGGAUGAUGGGUGUCCGUGGGCAGUUGGCCGGCAGCGAUGCGUGCACGUGUAAUCCGGAGGAUGCCGAAACCGGCCGUGUGUGUGCCAAUAACGCACAGACGUACGAGAGCGCCUGCGAUUUCCGCUUGAAACAAGGACUGCGAGCCGAUAUCGGGAUUCGUUGUGUGGGCGCGUGCCCGUGCGAUGACACACUACUGGCGCUGGGCAUUGACUGCGCCGCCGCUGCCGCUACGCCGCCCGCCCCGGGUGCCGCGCUGGAGUUCUGCGCGACGAACGGCGCCACCUACACCAAUGAGAAUCUCUUCAUGUGCGACCAAAUUCCCGAUCCAGCGUUGGCCAUCGCCUGUCCCGGUCCGUGUCCGUGCCAGUUAGCCGAAUGCCCGCAGCCCUUCAACCGCCCCACCACGCCCCGCCCCUUUUCCCGUAACACCACCGCCGCCGCCAAGACCUUCACCAUCCCCAUCGCCAACAAUUCCCUGCAGUAUGCCGCAUCACCGCUUAAUGUACUACCGGCACUUUCCUCCAUGAACCCGGCUAAUCAGGCGCCCGGCUGGAACGCCUUCGGACCGGCCACGCCCCCGCCGUAUGGCGCCACUGCCAACGACCAACGGCCGCCCGAGCAACGACCGCUGCCGGCACCGCCCAUUCGCAACGGGCCUAACGGCUACCCGGGAGCGGCCGGCGACAAUGUGGCACCCAUGUACAGCGCCCCGCCCACCACUUCCGGUCAGCAGCGUGAGCUCCACCGCCCGAACAGCCUCAACAGCAAUAAUAAUAAUAAUAAUAAUAAUAACAAUAAUAACAACGCCCUGAUGGCCAUGGGCAGCGCCAACUACAACCCGUUAGUGGAGGCGCUGCGGACGGUGCCCUUCCGGCUAUUCCGGCACCUGUACAUCCUGAUCACGGUGGCGGGCGAGGGCAUGAAGCAGAUCCCCCUGCAGAUCGCCAAGAACAUGCAGGCCCGCCUGCCGCCCUACGUCCGCGAGAUCCCCAUGGAGAUGGCCAAGUCCGUGUCCGAGGCGCUGAACAUCCACUUCAACAGCUUGAGUCAGCAGGUCAAGGACACCGUCGAGCAGGUGCGCCAGCUCCUCGAGGACGGCGGCGCCGGCGUCGGCGAUGGACGGAGAUGA